AUGGCGUUGGAAAAAGAGGAAAAUGAUAGUCUUUCUCGAAAAAUGGUAGACCUGAGUUACAAAUUUUCAAUGAAAGUAGAUGAUUAUAUUUCAGUGUACUUGGAAAAUUUCCCUUCAACUGUUUUUAUUGACAUUGGGGCAAGUAUUGGAGUGACGUCAUUACGUAUGGCGCGAAAUGGUCAUGAUGUGAUUGCUGUGGAGUCGGAUUAUGAUAAUGUCCGAGGACUGUGUAUGUCUAUCGCCGAAAAUGGAGCGACAGAUUCUGUAAGGAUUGUAUACCAUUCUGUAGGAGAGGAGGUUAUGUCUUUUAACGAAGACAAACAUAGCGAAAAUAUAAUCACUGUAGACAGAAUACUAACACUUUCUAAUAGAAACUUGCUGGUUAAAAUAGACACAGACGGAAGUGAACACAGUGUGCUCCUUGGAAGCAAAUACCUCUUGAUGAAUAAACGGACACGUGCAAUAGUGCUAGCAUGGGAAACACAUAAAGGGCAACGAAGUGGAGAGAUACUUUUAUCAUUAUUUAGCACGUGGGGGUUUAUGCCGCAUGCUUUCCGGGGUUCGGGGGCGGUCAGACUGGAUAUGAAGGGACACGCCCCCUCAACCUGGCCCAGUGAUGUUAUAUGGCUACCCACUGAAUAAAACUCAUGCUAAAAUCAAUAAU